UUGUGGAAAGCGUUGUUGUAAUAAUGAAGUAAACAACACAUAGACUGAACCAUUCAGUUUAUUAUCCAAGUCAAAGAACGGGAAACCACCUACUUACUUCCUGAAUGGGUUUACUGUCUGCAAGCCAGCUUGCAAUAAGAGCUGUCAGAAGAUGCCUAGUCCCACUUUCAACAUCCAAAUCAUGGCUUUCCACCAAAACUUGUCACCUGGGGGACAAAAACCUCCUUUUAAUGGGCCUCCCUGGAGCAGGAAAGACAACAGUUGGAAAGAUAGUGGCUCAGAAGCUGGGACUGCCCGUCAUCGACAUUGACGAUGACGUCUUGGAGACGGCGUGGAAGAUGCCAGUGGCUGCCAAACUGGCAUCAGUGGGUGAAGAGCGCUUCUUGGAGGAAGAGGGCCAGGCUUUGUGUAGCUUUUCUGCCUCUGGGUGUGUCGUGUCUCUGACCGGGUCCAACCCGCUUCACGCUGAAGCCAUGCGGCACGUCUCGCAGACGGGACUCGUCGUUUAUUUGGACGUGGACAUCGAGGACAUCAUCGAGAGGCUCAACAGAAUGAAGGUGGACAGGAUCGUCGGCCAUGAAGCAGGGUUUCCCAUAAAAGACAUUUUGCGUUACAGGAAGCAGUUUUACGAGAAGUGGCUCGACGUGCGCGUGUUUUGUGGAGCAGGGGACACCGUGGAAGACGUGGUGGAGAAGGUGCUGCUGUGUGUGGAGCGAUACCAGAAACACAACGAGGAAACGUAUUUGUCCACUAGAUGUGACCGAGCAAAAUUUCCCAAUCAGAAAUCAUGCUUCAGUGAUGUGAUCGUGGAAGGUCCUGCUGCAGACGGAGGCCUCUAUGUUCCUAAGAAUGGCUUUCCAAAAAUGGGUAAAAGUGAGUGGCUUAGACUAGUUUCCAUGUCGUAUCCAGAGCGAGCGUCGGUUUUACUAGAAAAAUGCAUCCACCCAUCGGAUGUCUCUGCUUUGGACCUCAGAACAAUGAUCUUUAAAGCAUACAGCUCCAACUUUUCUAGUGAGAAAGUUGCACCGGUGAAACAUCUUAUCCACAAUCUGUUUGUCCAGGAACUUUUUCACGGUCCCACUGCCUCGUUCAAAGACCUUGCCUUACAGCUAACGCCUCAGCUCUUUGCCCACUGCCUCCCUCUAAUGUGCAACUUCCUCGUCCUCGUUGCCACUUCAGGGGACACCGGCAGUGCUGUGCUCAGUGGCUUCAGUCGGCUGAGUGGCGCCGACAGAAACCGGACUGGGGUGCUGGUGUUUUUUCCAGAGGAAGGAGUGAGUGAGAUCCAGAAGCUGCUCAUAACAAGCUACAGGGAAGGCAAUGUCAGGGCAGUCGGUGUGUUGUCGGACUUUGACUUCUGUCAGAAAACCAUAAAAAGGAUGUUUGGGGAGUCGGUGCUCACCGGGCAUCUCGCUGUCGAGUACGGCACCGUCCUCAGCACCUUCAACUCCAUCAACUGGGCACGGCUGUUGCCACAGGUUGUCUACCAUUCCUCUGCCUAUCUCGAUCUGUGCAGUGACGGCAUCAUCGAGUUCGGCGAGCCCGUUGACGUUUGUAUUCCUACUGGCAACUUUGGCAAUGCCAUGUCGGCAUUGUACGCCAAGCAAAUGGGCAUCCCCAUAAGAAGAGUCCUCUGCGCAUCCAACCACAACCGAAUCAUCGCCGACUUUAUCACCACGGGCGAGUAUGAUCUACGUGGACGGCCUCUCCUGUCCUCCUACUCCCCAGCGAUGGAUAUCCUCACGUCCUCCAACCUCGAGAGGUUUAUUUAUCACGUCUCAGACGGAAACAGCCGACUUGUCAACGACUUGUUCACACGCCUGGACACGCAGAAACACUUUCAGCUUCCUAAGCGUCUCCUUGGCAGGAUGCAACAGGAAGUGCAGGCUGGCUGGUGCUCCGAGGAUGACUGCUUGGCCACGAUCCACAGUGUUCACACACAGACAGGCUACCUCAUGGACACACACACCGCUGUGGCAAAGCGCGUGGCCGAUCGGCUGCAGGAUGGCUCGUGUCCCGUGGUGCUUUGCUCCACCGCUCACUACGGGAAGUUUGCUCCUGCAGUGUUUAAAGCUUUGAAAAUUCAAGAACGUUCCCAGGAUCCCCUGAAGCAGCUGGAGGAGCUGGAGACCACUGCGUCCAGACCAGGAGUGCACAGAGAGAUGGUGAGAUAUGUGAAGGAGAGAAGCAGGACAGGACACACAGUUUGUCCAGCAGAUUACGGACUCUUGGUGGAAGAGGUAGAGUGCAUGAUACAGGACUCAUUUUUAAAAGUUAUGUAGAAUCAGUCUGGCUUUAUAAACAUUUUAAUCUUUCAUUACACUACUUUAGAUUUUACAAAAAAAUGUUAUGCUGGUGUUAGGGCUUUAGGUGUUUGUUUUUUUUUCAUAUAUUGACAUCCAAAAUUUAAAUCCAAUUCAAAUCUUUUCAUCAAAUUUUGGUCAAACAUGUUAGAACUUUGUUGUUUUUCUAUUUUGAGUCAAGGUAAAUAAUUUCAUCUUUGAACACAGGGUUCCUGCGGAUCCUUAAAAAAGUCUUAAAAGGCCUUGAAUUCAUCGAUCCAAAAAUAAGGCCUUAAUUAGCCUUA